CGCAUCACUCGGUGGACUUGGACACUCAAUGUGAAUCACAAGUAGAAACGAUCAUUCUAACUAACUACCAGUCAAAGCCUCGUGGUAUACUAGAAUCGCAUUCUGCAGCUUUUAUGGAACUGCGUCCCCAGAACUUAUUAUUUCUUAACGAUCACCCCUCCAAUCAUCGCGACAUUUCGACUUUCACAUGCAGUGAGACGCGCCAGGGUUCAGUUCGCGACAAGAACGUGGUAUAGAGUAGCGCUAUCUACAAGCUAGAGUUAACUUUGGCAACCUACCCCAGGAAACGUCACCAACCCAUUCAGCCAUGGAUUACGGCGAGGAAGAUCUCUUCGGUCAGGACAGCAGCAAUGGCAAGCCAUCAAAUACGAGGAUCGAAGGGCGACUCGACGAGCUGCGGAGAGGCGGGUGUAAUCAGAAAAUCGCAUGGUCGAAACUAGGUUGCAUCGCGCUCAUCAACGCCGACGGCACGGGAGUCGAGACACGGCACUUAGCUUGCAAUCCUGCCGACGGACAGUGGCUACUAAGUCCUGCGUACCCGGUCGCCGGCCUUUCGCGGAACCACGACGGCCAGAGAUUACAACACGUCACAUGGAGCACCCACGGCGCGGACCUGGCCGUAAUCGAUGUUCUCGGACGCGUAUCCUUCUACACGGUGUAUGUGGUCAUCAACGCGUUAUCACUCGUCACCUUGAUUCCCGUGGACCAGGACGAUGAUCUCUGUGCGCUCGCCGGAUUCUGGUGGUUGCCCCCGGAGAGGCCGUACUCGUUGCACCAUGUUAUGCGUACAGAGGACGGGAAUAAGUAUUACGCCCCAACGUAUCGCCAGUUCGGACCGUUCCAUCCUAUGGCCAACAAGGCGGCCGCAAUUGGAAUCACAAGGAACGGCACGAUCAAGUUAUGGUACCACGACGGAAUCAACAAAUACCAGUCGGUCACCAGCGACCUGGAGUCGUCAACGUCUCUCGACGAUGUCUUCUCGCAUGCGGCGAUUGCGUCGACGCAGAGCAGAGAAGGCAUUGCCGUGUUGGCGGCAUACACGCAUUCCCGGCAGCUUCGGGUAUACCGGGUUGCCGUGAAUUGGGGGAUAACUCCGCAGCCGCAGCAGCAGGGUCAAAUGCCAAAGCCGGUGCAGUCUCUUCCGGGCCCACCUAUUCUGAAUGUGAAACGGAUCAAGAUCGUCGAUUCGGCUUUCCCGGCGGAUACCCAGUAUGAUUCUUCACGGGUGCUGCUCACACAUCUGGAGGUGCUGGGGCCGAUGCCGAUGAGUGGUGGGGUGCCGCCGCCCGCACCGACAGUGGUCUGUGUGUUCUCGGGGAAAACGGCAGAACGGCAGCCGUUCACGGUGGUGUCGAGAUGGGAUCUGAAGGAGAGCGCCAUGCAGUUGCAUCCGAGUUUCGAUCAGCUAGGCGUGCGGCGGGCCAGUGUCUCAUCGACACCGAUGACGGAGUUGGAUCUUUGGAGACUCGACGAUUUGGUGAUCGAAAAAUGUGUCAUCGGGGUAUCCACGGUCACGAUGGGAACUGUGGUUGCGUUCACGUGCAGUGAUGGGCUGUUUGAGUUCAGGGAUCGCCUUCAUCUACAACCGUUUCCUCUAUCACCGCCGAAUGGAAGAAUGUCGAAUAUGAUACAGGCGGGAUUCGCGUUCACAACGCCGGACCCGUGCAUCGAUCUAGUACUCUCGCCCAACAAUACCGUAGCGGUGAGACUAGGACAGGACCAUAAUGUUCACCUGAUGGUGAUGGAGUAUACUCGCGGGCCUAUGGGGUUGAAGGAGAACAUGGAGAUCAGCUGCGUGGCGCUGGCACUGCAACACGCAUACUCGUGCAGCAACUACCUUAACAACGAUGAUUUGUUGCUUGUGGCACGCAAAUACCGCAGUUCCGACUUCAACAUCACAUUCUUGACUGAAGUGCACUGCGCUCUCAAUCUCAAGAUGGAUUUCGCAGGUGUGGAAUCGUCGAGCGAGCGGCUGGUCAAGAAUCCGCAGCUGCAGCGGUGUCUCAGUCUGCAGUUCGCGCUCGAUUUCAAGGGCGAGCAGGUCAAGAAGGAGCUGUCCGGGAAACUCGCGUGGGCUACACUACAUCUCCGCGUGGCAGCACUGGCAUUCGCUUUGACGUUGAACGCGGCGCAGCGACAAGGCGCCAGGCCCCCCGGUGCCUCCAACCAGCCCGAUGAUUUCAAGCCCGAGGCCCUGCAGAGCCUACUUGGACUGGUCAAGUGGGUUACAGACAUGAUGGCGAUGAUUGUUGGCGAUCUCUUCGAGCUUGCGAAAGCAUGCGGUAGCAAAUUAAAUGACCUCGCAUUCGUCAGACAAAAGAUGGUCGAAAGCAACUCUCCCGCCCUGAUCCUCGUCCUCGCCAGUGCACCCCGAGCAUUUCUCAAAUACCUCUGCCGCUCCCUCAAAGGGUUAGAAGCCAGCACCGGCAAACUCCUCCAAGCCGGUCCCCUAGACGAAGACCAGCGCACAACGUUCCGCUCGUUCAAAGUCCCGCUCGAAUCGUGCGCGGUUAAGAUCGGCCAAUUCGAGCGGAUGCUAACGGACAUCGACGGGACAGUCCGGGCGACCUACCACAGCGUGUCGGAAACCGAGCGGGCCAUCGUCGAGCGGCACCUCUUCGUCAACAACACUUUGCCGACCAUCUUCGCCGCACCCACAGAGCGCCUCCUAUCCAUCACGCUCCCCACCCUACGAAAGGACAUCAACGUCUCGGCGCUGUUCUUCCAGGACGUCAGCUGGCUGGGCUUUCACGACGAUAUGGAGUCGCGCGGGUUCCUGAGGAAACAUAGGAUCGAUGCGGUCAGGAAGAUUGUCCUGCCGAAGAAUGUCAGGCUGCGAAGGUGCACCCGCUGCUGCUCCGUCGUCGAUGAGGCCGUCAUGGCGAAGACUCAGGGGUUCUGGCUGAGCUCGUUUAAUCGCAUGUGUCUGUGUGGUACGCUGUGGAUGCAUCUUAGCGGAGGGAAUGGUGGUGGUGGUGGUGGUGUUUAAGUUGAGUAUAUCUACAUGAUACAGUAUUAAAAAAACGGCGAAAAAUUAAUGUACCUAUACCGGAUCUCUCAUCCGAUUCCGUAAUAAGGCGGUUAUUGAAACUGAGAGAAGAACUUGACUUGAUUGAUGUAAUGAUACGAGAAACAUGAGGAAGAUGAGAAAGGAGACUGCUCAUAAAGGGAAACGAGCUCGUGUAAAUAGCGAGAUGAAGCCGGCGAAGCCGGGCCCUAUGUAGACAGAGGAUGAAUUGUACCGUCACUGAUUUACCUCGUUUUUUGCAACUGUAUCUAAGUG